AUGAAUUUACUAGGCUUGAGCAACUUCAGCUUCACGUUCUACUGAACAUUCCUUAAAAACCACUAAUUCUUUUCAGUUAAAACAAUGGUACCUGGUAGGUACAUGCAGAUAAUUCGAUCCUCAUGCCACCACGCUGUCAUAGAAAGAAAUGCGGCAGAAAAUACCCCCAUGCAUUUGUAUCUUCACCACGACCAUGUGUUGACAGCCUGCACCUACCUCUAGACUUUUAUCUUCCCCAUCACAUGUUCUACCCACCACCGUAUUAUCACGCACCCUUCAUAAGGCACGAAUACAUUUGCGAAUGUCCCGAAAGCCCCACAGUAAGCGGUCACAGUUCCAUAGAUUACAUGGCAGCUAAUCAUAAUAGACCUGAUGAUAAACACAAAAUAUGCCCGGGAAAUUGCACGCCACCUGAAGUUACUGAUCCUCAAUAUGAUCAAUUAGUUCACAAUGAUAAUAGAGCACAGAGACACGCACAAGUACCGUAUACACCGUCAACACAUAAUGUACAACCACCGCAGUGUCCUAAUAACCCAGAGACCUCUGUAAGAAAUGAUCGCCAGAGAUACGUAGAAAAAACUGAUCAGCAGCAUAUAAACUUCGAAGAAAAUGAGUCUGUCUUAUACCCUCAUAGUACAUACCAACAGAUGACAAGAGCGCAAGAAAGAACUGGCUAUGAAGAGCAAAUUGACUCAUAUCCUAGAAGAGAAAAAGAAGUACCUAUAGGAGAGCGGAAUGCUACAUACGCAACACUAGAAUCUGAUCCAGGAACGUAUAGUUCACUUCGUCCACUGACCAAAAAUCCUGAUGCAAACGCUCAACUUCAUCAUUCAGUUAAUCCUUCUUCUCAACAAAUUGAUACAUCUGGACACAAUAAUUUUCAAGGACCACCUCCUCAAUAUACAGAUUCUAUAGACGUUUCACUACCUCAUUAUUCCCUUCCACCUAGUUCCUGCUGUAAAAACUCUCGUUUCUCGGAUUCACAAAGAACAUUUAAUUCUGAACGGACACCAAGCCCGCAAAAUAAUUCUGGGUUUAGACGUUACCAAGAUUCCACUCCUGACCCAAUAAGAAGAUUUCAAGAUAGUACCAUAGCACCUCGAUACCCGAUGGCAUCCGAUUCUAAUCCACCUCCAUGCUGCGCAAAGGCAUUUAGCCAAAAGAAGGACAAUAAACCACCUCUGUCCAAAGGUAUGAGUGGUGCUCAUAGACCGGGCUUCGUUUUCAAUGAAAAUACAGACCACACACAUGAUUUAUCUGCUAAAGGGUGUAUGUCCAACGGGUCGGGUUGCACGCACGGCAUAACCAGCAUAAUGCCAAAUGCCACACAGAUACAAGACAAGAUACCACAGCUAGAGGAAAAAACGUCUACAUGUUCUUGCAAGCAGAGUAAAAAGGUUCAAAAAGUUGGGCCAAAAAGUAAAGAAAAGAAAGAGGCUGGUACUGAAGUAAGUCACUCAGCUUCGAAUUUGAGAAACAAGAGAUUUUGUUCAUGUAGGUAUCCACCUGCGUUCGGACAGUUUAGUUGUUCUGGGAAUAUUACGGGAUCAUGCAUGUGUAAUGAACAAAAUUUCCAAUAGAUUUAAAUUUUAGUUUAGACUGUCCUAGAGAUGAUUUUAGUCUUAUUGAGUUUUCAAGUGGCUACAUUUAAAGUUAUAAAUUAAAACAACUUCAAACAUAAUAUUUUAUUAUCUUAUCUGUGUCAACUUGAAUUGGCGGGAAAUAGAAAAUAAUCUUUUAUUGCAAACAAAAACUUGAAAAUUCAAAAAUCAAAAUAUCUAGUACUUAUGCUGGUUUUUAAAACCAGU